AUGGAGGAGUAUAUGAAGGAGGCUCCACGUAUGAUGCCAGUUAUAGAGCCACUGGAGCUUCCUGAGCGGCUUCUUCUGACAUACAAACCAGAAGAAGAAGAAGUUCGUGAGCCUAUUCCUAUUGUAGAGGAGAAACUGCAAGUUGUUGAAGAACCUGCUCCAGUUCCUUCUUCCCAAAUAGCUUCGCCUCCCAAGCCUGAGAUUGCAAAUACUGGUGAUUUACUGGGGUUAGGUGAUUCAACCCCUACUGUGUCGGCUAUAGAGGAGAGCAGCGCUUUGGCCUCGGCAAUUCUUCCUACAGGUGAUCAGGCUGGAAGGUUCUAG